UUCUUAGCCGUCGCCCGUCAGGACACUCAGGCAUCAACCUUGAGGCUUGAACCUCGUGGAGCAGUGAACACCGUACGGCGUACACUCGGUCCUCAGGGCUCAGGGCUCGGACCUCGACCUGCGACCAUAGCGACCAGGUGCACCUUGAACACGUGAACCGCGAAGUCAAACGCAUAGCAUUUCAAGUGUGAAGUCUGAACUCAAUCUUUAACCGAUUAAUGACAUUGAUAUUCCAAUUUUGAUUUGUUUUCUUGACUUAAAUAAUUCACAAAUAUCAUUAUUUUAAUACAACAGAUGCCGCAACUGGCAAGUCUAGAAAACACAGAAACGUAAAAAUUAUUUGAUUCAGCUUUAAACAUGCAUACUUAAAGUAUAAUAGCGAAAAAGGAUGGCUACGUCAGUGAUUGGGUUUCAAAAUCUUUUUUCUCUUGUAUCCCGCGAAAGAUGUAUGGUAAACUUUAAAAAGUUUCGUGUGCCAUUCACAAACACAACUAAAGUGCCCAGCGGGACUGCAGCGGUGCUGAUUCCCAUGUGCCGAGUCAACGAUCACGCCACAUUGCUGUUUACUGUACGAUCUGCCAAAUUAAAUAGCCACAGUGGUCAAAUUUCAUUUCCCGGCGGUAAGACUGAUGAAGGAGAGACCCCAGUGGAAACUGCUUUAAGGGAAACAAGAGAGGAAAUUGGACUUUCUCCAUCCAAGAUAGAUAUUUGGGGAUAUGGACCUUCCUUUCCUGGGAAGGAUUUCAAAGUAAUGAUUACUCCAAUUAUAGGUUAUGUUUCGGAUUUCACUGUUGAUGAUUUAAAAAUUAAUGAAGAAGAAGUGUCAGAGGUGUUAGCCGUGCCUAUACAUAUUCUUUGUGACCCAAGUAACCAGUAUCAUACUCAAUUUAGAAAUGGAUUUGUCUUACCUGUAUUUUUAGCAGAAAAUUAUAAAAUAUGGGGUAUCACUGCUUAUAUUACUCAUGUGUUCUUGACCUGUUUACUCCCUAAACACAUGUAUAGAAAUGAAUGGAUGAAAAAGAGAAUUACUUUAGAUGAGGACUGGGAACAGUAAAAUAUUAUCAUGAGUCAAAUGAAAAAAAAAUUUAGACAAUUACAAUUACUGAUGUAAUUAUGUUAAAUGCAUGUGUGCAAAAUUUAUUACAAUUUAUUU